AUGGGUAUAUCUUCGGGUGAUGAAGCAGAAUUUCCUAUGUUUCUAAGCACACAAGCCCAGGCAAACAUGGAUAUGUGGGAAGAUCAGGAUCGCAGAGAGAAACAGGCCAGUUCCAUGGCGGCGAAUCUUCAGCAGUUUUCACUAAAUACAAACGAUGAUCUUGACUUCCCAUCGACUUUGGCCGAAGAUAAUAUAACAAUAAUCAAAAGAGCAGAUAAAACUUACAAAAGGCAGAAAAAUAACAGUGAAAAUACAGGUCAAAGAUCAACCAAACAGGUCGGUAAAAAAAAAAAAGGAUCCUCAGAAGAAAGUUCAAUAACUGGCCGUAUGGCCAUGAGACACUCAUCCAAAUCAAGUAUCGAACUACUGAAACAAUCAUCAAUAUUAAAGAUCCUAUCAGGAAAAAAGAGAAAAGUGAAUGACAUUCUAGAUAAGAUCGAACUUCUUGAAUCAAAGACUCUGCAAAGCAGUAGUGAAGUUGAAAGUGUUUACGAAAACAAGAUGGUCUACACAAAAGAUGAAUGGUUCAAUUUGAUGAAGAUUAUCAGGGUGAAUUUUCCCAAUUUGUCCAAGAAAUCCAAGCUUACGCUAUCAAAGAUCAAUAAAACAUAUGAGGAGCAAUACGACAGUCAAUAUCAAGACAAUCUGCAAGACAACUUACAGACGGGGUCUCUAUGGAAUAUGGCUAGUACGGUACCACAAACAAGGCUCACUGAUGAGGAUUUGAAAUGGUUGUAUGAUUUAGACGAUAUCAAUGAAAAAAAAGGGUUAGCUAAUUCAAAUCCUUCCAGCUUCUCAGAGACCAGCGAAUUCCAGGUAAAUGACGUUCUCACAUUGUCUCAAAUAAUAGAUCAACCAAAAGAAGAAGAGGUCGUAGAUCUAACACAAAAAAGUGAUAAAUAUGAUAAACUCAGUUUUAAUCCAAGCAUAUUUAUCAACAAUAAGCUGUCAGAUAUUAUGGAGGCACCUUCUCAGCCACAACAAAAAAGAGUACAACAAAUAUCACAGAUGACACCUCAAAUCAAUCGAGUCAUUGAGGUUCCUUCUUCUACGCCGACUGCCUCGCCAAUAAAAAUAUCUCCAUCAAAACUUUCAGUUCUAAAAAGGAAAUUAGUACUAAAAGACCCAAAAAUCGAUGUUAAGGCCAGUGUUAUGGAAAACAUUCAAGCUUCUUCUAUCGGAAAGCAUUCAACAAUUGUAGAAUCUUUUGUUUCCACAGAUCCUUCCAGAAAAUCUAAUCACAAUAGUGAAUUUUCUAGCCCUAUGAGGGAAUUUAUUAAUAAAGAUCUUAUUGAGGAAGUUAAUUCGGUUGAUUCAGAAGUGCAGGAAGCUAGCUACGUUGAUAACGAAAAAGAAAGUGAUAUCCAAAUUGUCGAUGGUAAAUUCGAAAUUGAUGGAGUUUCGGAAGAUAUCAUUGAUGAGCAUCAAUUUGGCAAUUACUACUCGAAGAAGAUUAUUGAUCUUUUUGAGAGCCUGGGUGGCCAACAAGUAGAAGAAGAAAAAGACGAAGAAGAUAAUGAAGAAGAAAAAGAAGAAGAAGAAGAUGAUGAUGAUGAUAUCAAGAUAACUCAAGUGAACACUGAAAGUGUGAACCAGCUAGCAAAUAUUCAUAUUGAUAGUCUAGGGCCACAAAAUCUACGAGAUAUAUCGACACAAUCACAGAACUACGGAUUUAAUAGAGCAUCGUUGGGAACACCCAUUCCUGAAUCGAUUGAAAUUAAAUCCUCCAAUUCUAGCAUUUACUCAACGGCGCGAUCCCAUUUACCACAGACUCAAAAACAAUACAGAACAACAAGAUACGAAUUUAAAGGUGUCUUGAAUGAUGUAUUUCAAAUUCCUUUUGGCAAAAUUGAAGCCAAGGUCACCCAUCAAAAAAGGAAAAAAACACCAGAUGUGAUCCCAGACUCAGAAUCUGAAGAUGACGAUGAAAUUAGUAUUAUUGAAAUUACUAAGGAAGUUCCAAAGAUAAAAACACCCGCAAAUUUACUUCAAACAAACGAAAUUAUGAGCUCCUUUGGAGAUGUUUCAGAAUUGCAAGUUCCUUCAAGUCAAAAUGAUUUUGACGUUCCUAGUGGUUUGGCCAGUCAGGAAGCUUCCAUAUCCACUGAUAUUUUUCCACCAUCCAAUGUCGAAUUCCUUGAAAUAUUCAAAAACAUGACAAGUGUUAGUCAAAAGAUUCUUUUGGAAAAGUGGGGUUUCCAAGGUAACCGGACCAAACAGGCGAUGAUUGAAACUCUUUCAACGAUCUAUCAGCUUUUAACAGAUUCAGAUCCAUCAUAUCUAAUCGAAGUAGAUAUGACCCCAAAGGAUAAGGAAACCAAACACAAAAAUAUCAAUGAAUUUUUUGAAGCAUUGCUUGAGUUUCCAUCAGAAAUUGUUCAGGCAUCAGUGUUUAAUCACAUCAGUGAUAUUGUGACCAAAAAUGAAGAGCUUUAUGAGAAAAUUCUAGUUUAUGAACCAAUUUCAUUGGAUUCUGUGACGGAAAUAUUGUCAACGAAUGGUAUCAUUUUAGACCAAGACUGUGCCAGAAGCUGGGCGUUUCUGACAGGUGUAUCAUACUCCCUCACUCUCUUAAGUAAUGGCGAGAGGGAAAUUAAAGCAAAAAGUGGAUCAAAGAAGCGUAAAACAAAGAAUGUUGAAGCGAAACCAAAGGCCAAAACUACUAGCAAAGGGAAAUCAUCAUAA